GUUACAGGGUUGCUUGCGAGCUUGCUUGUGCCUAUGCGCUCCUGCCGCAUGCAUGGCUGGCCCUCGUGCUGUCCGUGCAAGACCACCGCGGGUGUCUGCUACCACUGAUGUUCGAACCGGCGUGCGUAGGCGCCAUAGAACCUUGGUGCCGCAGCCGCUGCGGCCGGUGCUUGUUGGGUUUGUCUCUGCAGGCCUUCCAAAAAGGAAAUGGGACGGUUUCUUCCCGGUUGUUAGUCCAGAGGUUGCUACUAGAAACCGGAAAAGGCGCAAGAUUAUACAUGAUAGGCUACGUGGUCGUAUACCAGAUGCUCCCUUUACUUCUCCCCUAGAACCUUCGUGGGUUGGCUUUACGUUGGAAGAGGCUGAUAUCUUAAAAGGUAAAAGAAGUCUUCAGUAGUUUGUGUUGCCCCUCUUACUUGUUAUUGUGUUUUCGUGUGCUUGUCUCUAAACACAGUCAAAUGUGUAGCUAGCUACAGAGAUAGGUCUUUUUAUGGAGGACCAGACUAUCUGUGUGGUCGAUGUAAGGCGAGCUUCUGGUACCAGGAAAGGGUGAAGUCCGCAUCUGCAAUCACCGAGAGGCGUGUUGUCUAUAACAACUGCUGCAAGGGUGGGAAAGUCUUUAUUCCACCUGCCAGGAAGCCGCCUGAGUUCCUUCAGGCUCUUCUUGAUUUCGAUGGCCCUGCGCGUAGCAAAGCAUUUAUUGAAAAAAUACGGCAAUACAACUGUUUGUUUGCUUUUACCUCCAUGGGAGCAACCAUUGAUCGUUCCGUAAGCAGUGGUGGGGGUCCAAAUGUUUUUAAAAUAUGUGGUAACAUCUGUCAUCGGAUUGGAUCGCUUUUGCCUGAGGAAGGUAAAACUCCUAAAUAUGCUGAGCUAUACAUAUAUCAUGGAGGGGAUGAGGCCGAUAACAGAAUCCAGGCAUUAAAUAAGGAUGAUAAACUUGAUGGCGGUUUAGAUAAGGGCAUUGUUAAGGGUCUUGAGGCCAUGCUUGAUACUCAUAAUUCGCUUGUAAAAAAAUUCCGCAUGGCUAAGCAGGUCCUAGCAGAAAAUAAGUUUGCUAAUGUUUCUGUUCGUAUUGUUGCUCCUGGAGAGCUAGAUGGGCCCCAGUUUAGUCUUCCUUCUACGGAUGGCCUUGCAUGCUUAGUGUUUGGUGAGAUAACGCCGGAGGCUCCUAAGCGUGAUAUCAUUAUCCGUGGUAGAGGUUCUGGUUUGCAGCGAAUUUCUUCUUUGCAUCCUGCUUAUAUGUCUUUGCAGUAUCCUCUG